GGGAGGGGCGGGCGGGCGGGCGACGGCCUUCUCUGCUUCCCUUGUCGGCGGAGGAGACGCAGGCUCUCGCCGGGCGGGGCCGUUGGCAUCCUCGUCGCCUCGGCGCCCUCGCCGCUGCCACCAUCGUCGUCAUCCUCGUCAUCUCGCCGCUGCUCGAUCGAUGCCAGAGGGCGGCCGGGGUCCAGGGUUCCUUCGGAGAGAGUCUGAAUCCCUUCAGCCACCCUCCAGCCGCCGUCUGCCGGCGCCUUCUCCCGGUCCUCCCCUGUUGAAGGCCAACGGGCCGUCCUCCUCCUCCUCCUCCUCCUCCUCCGACGGCAACCGGCCCUCGUGCGGGCCUAGCAUGCGGCUCCUGCCGCUUCGCUGAUGAGAGGGAGGAUGGGGACCCAGGGCAGCCCCGUGAAGAGCUACGACUACCUGCUCAAGUUCCUGCUGGUGGGAGACAGUGACGUGGGCAAGGGAGAGAUCCUGGAGAGCCUUCAGGACGGCGCGUCCGAGUCCCCUUACGCCUACAGCAACGGUAUCGACUACAAAACCACGACGAUCCUGCUGGAUGGCCGGAGGGUCAAGUUGGAGCUGUGGGACACAUCUGGCCAGGGCAGGUUCUGCACCAUCUUCAGAUCGUACUCCCGGGGGGCCCAGGGAAUCUUGCUGGUGUACGACAUCACUAACCGCUGGUCCUUCGACGGCAUAGACCGGUGGAUAAAGGAAAUUGACGAGCACGCCCCCGGGGUCCCCCGGAUCCUGGUGGGAAAUCGGCUGCACCUGGCCUUCAAGCGGCAGGUGCCGACGGAGCAGGCCCGCGCCUAUGCCGAGAAGAACUGCAUGACCUUCUUCGAGGUCAGCCCGCUGUGCAACUUCAAUGUGAUAGAGUCCUUCACCGAGCUGUCCCGGAUCGUGCUCAUGAGGCACGGCAUGGAGAAGAUCUGGAGACCCAACCGAGUGUUCAGCUUGCAGGAUCUCUGCUGCCGGGCCAUCGUCUCCUGCACCCCGGUCCACCUCAUUGACAAGCUGCCGCUGCCCGUCACCAUCAAGAGCCACCUGAAGUCCUUCUCCAUGGCCAAUGGGAUGAACGCGGUGAUGAUGCACGGACGCUCCUACUCGGUGGCCAGCAGCGGGGGUGGCGGGGGCAGCAAAGGCAACAGCCUGAAGCGCUCCAAGUCCAUCCGGCCCCCCCAGAGCCCUCCCCAGAACUGCUCCCGCAGCAACUGCAAGAUCUCCUAGCGUGGCCCUGCGCCCAGGGGACGGGAGGGAUGGGACGGAGGGAGAGGAGGCCGCCGCGGAGGGUGGGGAGCUCC